AUGAAGGUCUUUGCAUACAUCUCCCUUGCCACCGUCGUUGCUGGUGCAAACAUCAGAAACCACUUCGGAGACAACUGCAAGGGUGGCUAUCUCGAUUACCCCAACAUUGCCCAACGAAUUUGCGCCAGCGCCCUCCAUGACCAGACUAAGGGUGCAGUCACUGUUGCCUUCUCUCAGUUGCCCCAACGCUCUUAUAUGAACGGCUAUCAAAGCACUCGUGACGGUGGUAUCUGCGGUUCGCGCCAGAAACAGCAGAAUGUCGGAAAUACGGACCACAAGUGCCUGCCUAAGUUGGCUGGUGGCGCCCAAUAUGCUGGCAGCAGCUGGACUGCUCCUGGGUUCAAGGCUGAGGAGGAUACGAAGUGCACCAGCGAGAUGGCACCUCACGCCCUUGUCCUGAACGACGGACACAAGUUUGCCCUCGGUGGUAUGGAGAAAGACAUGGUCAAUUCACUCUAUAAAUUGGCAGUCGCAGGAAAAGGCUUCCAGGAAUUGCCAACCGAGUUUGGAGCAUUUGAAAUCGAGAAGGAGGGUGUCCAGCAGCGCGCUCAAGAGAUCAAGGCUUAAAGAACGGAUAUCUUUCUGGACUCAUCAAUGACCUGGAUGUGGAUAUAAUGUGAUUUGAUGAUAUGAUAAGCCAUAUCAGAGAAUGGCGAUCUAGUGUUGAGAUUAUUUGUUUUUUUUUUUUCCCGUAUGGGUUUAUGCCAUGCCAUAUACUUGGCAUAAAUGUUUAUUUAUGGUCAGUCGUUACAUAUAGCAAAGUCUUUCAUUAAAAUUUGAUAUUUUGUAUUGAGCCCUUCAAUGGAAGUUGAGCGAGUGAUACUAUUCAUAAAAUUGAGUGUAUACCCUCUAGAUGGAGUAGAUAGCUAACGGCUUGAACGUUUUCACUUCCCACACUAAUCGACAGUCAGCAUCUUUUAAUACUUAUCCAUCUUCUAUAGACUGAUAGGCUCCGUGUAAAAAUGAUGGGUAACGAUACUUGAGGUAUGCGUUUGACAGCUAUCACUAGGUUUGUUGAUACAUGGCUGUAUUCGCCCAAGCCUCAGCAUAAGGUUAGCAUUAGGGUUAUUCCGUAGUUAGCUUGAUCGCGCUAAUCUUAAACCUAAAGAGUUAGCCUGUUGCUAAAAUUGGUAUAUCUUGGCGCCAAGCAUAGAUCAAACCUUCCUUUGUCGUCCUUGGCACUUUGCGCUUCUCUCUUCUCUCGGCGUGUUCGACUUACGACAGACAGCACGACAAUACUUAUUCAAGGGUACGCAUAGAGUUGUGUAAAUCUCCCAGAAAGAACGAUUCGUCGUUUUGCAUAACCUAGAGAGGCUCCUUGAAAUUAAACUGGAUAUGACAUUAUACAUGAUACAAGCAAAGAUGGUUAUCUUGCUUGAUCUCAAUAUUGGGUGGAUAGGCAGGCGGGAAAACUGCGUGGCAAACAAUGAGAAUGAGGGGGCAAGAACGUAAAAGAUGUUAUGGCUAAAUGAAAUGUCCAGCACUAGCAAGAACGGCGACGUUGGGGGUUGAUAACAAGGAGUGAGUCAACUCCCCGCAAUUUGAAUAAUUCCCCAAAUUCAUACACUCCUUCAUAGAACAGUAAAUCAAGCCAAUGGUUCUAGUUCUAUUCAAAGGAUGGAUAGCUCUGCUGGUGUUUACUAUAUUGGCACCUGGGAGAGACUGAUACGUGAAAACAAAAUUUAUAAAUAGGCAGGGCUGGGCAUAGCGGCCAACUGGAUGUAGAGUAUCGAUAUCGGCAUAAACCGAUCUGGUGUGUACCAUGACUGUGAUAUCGACGGCCCUGGGGUAUAAGAUUAAGCAAGGACGUGAAUAACAUGACAGUUAGCUUGGGUGUUGGACGAGGAACGAAAGGAUAGCUCGGACCUUCUCUUCUACAUAGACUACCUGUAGUUAUACCCCUGAAGGUCUUCUAGCUGUCUAGUCGACCUGGCUGCCUAACUGAUUACUGACUACUUCCUCUCGCACGCUACACCGAGGCUGCCUGUGAUUUACACAGUACGUAAACUGCCGAUGAUCGAAUGGAAUGUAAGGUCAUGCGCGGCCCAGGGGUUACCUGCCACCGCCGGGUUAUCACCUCUCACCUCCUUGCACGCCAGGCUCAUCUGGAUAGCCAUCCCUCCCUGUUAGUUAGCUGCACAUGCUAUAUACGGCUACCUGAUAGGAAUCUAUCCGUGUUGCCUUCUGGCUGCGUAAAAUACCGAUAUAUCCCGGCCUUGCUGGUGACGGUGACAUGCCGGUUAUCUCAUCAACUUGACUAUUCUCUAGUCAACUAAGUCGGUUGGGCUGAUAGGAGCGGAGGGAUGGUCCCAGCCUCCUUGUUUCUCUACUCCACUCAGUCGACGUUAGUUGACCAGGUCAUUUGGCUGCUUCAUCUAGGCCUCUCACUAUGUUC